UAGGUUACCUCAGUGUAAGAUCUUGUCACAAUUCUUUGUCUGAAUAGAAACGGUUGUGGAAACCGUAUGGAUUGGAAACACUGCUUGUUCAUCUUAGGCAGCUCAUUGUGUGUUUUCUCGACGCAAAAAACGGAGAAUGUUAGGCUGACAUCAGUCCCAACAACCAUCAGGUUUGACGAGGCUGAAGAAAACGUUGCGGCGAACGAAGACAGACUCUACUUACUGAAUGCAGACCAAGGCAAAGUAAUCUCAGUGGACUUCACAGUGUUCAACAUUGAAGACACACCCAUCUGCUCUGGGGACUAUGUGGAAAUUGGCGAGGGGCAUAAUCCGAAUGGGAACAUGAUGUGGAAGAAAUGUGGUCACACUUUGCCAGCAGCGGUUACGUCCAAAUCGAACACAUUCUACAUCUUGUUCCAUUCUGGAGGAUCUGGCCAGAAUUCGGCAUUUUCUGUUAACGUUAGAUCAAGUCCGUGAAGCACGUUGAGACGUACGCUGGAACACUCAUUUCUUUAUGACUUCACCCCGCCCCACAACAGAGAUUAACUGAUCAACUGACACACCCGAAUCCACAUACACUUGUACGGACAUGUGGUACUCAAACUCAGCCAAAACCUCAGUAAAUGCUCUUCUAAAGCAAACUUUCAUAUCGUUUGUAGAGAAUUUUUUUCCUACUAUUUGAAUGGGAGCAGUGAGCGAGAAUUUCCCCGCUUCCUUGAAUCAUUCUGUGAUGCUUUUCAAAAUUCAAACUUUGUGCAAAUUUCCACAGCCGACGUGGAA